AUGGUCCGAAUCGCUCUCGCAUGCGGCGCCGCAGCCGCACUUCUUCCAGCGUUCGUUGAGGCCCAGUACACCCAGGUGAAGGAGUACGUUGGCGACUCCUUCUUCGACGACUGGGACUUUUACAACCACGCGGACGACCUGACGAACGGAAACGUCUUCUUCGUGUCCUCGACCGACGCCGGCAAGGACCAGCUCGCGUACGUCAACGACGCCGGGAACGCCAUCAUGAAGGUCGACAACUCGACCACCGUCACCGUCGGCCAGAACCGCAACUCCGUCCGGAUCCACUCCAAGGACUACUUCACGGCGGGCAGCCUGUGGGUCACCGACAUGCUCCACGUGCCGUACGGGUGCUCCGUAUGGCCCGCGUUCUGGUCGUCCGCGGUGAACUGGCCGAGCGGCGGAGAGAUCGACACGUUCGAGGGCGUGAACCAGGUGACGAUGAACCAGAUGGCGCUGCACACGGGCGACGGGUGCACGCACUCCGCGAACGCGCUCCAGACGAGCACGCUCAUCAACUCGACCGACUGCUCGACGGCCGCGAACCAGAACGAGGGGUGCGUGGUCACGACGCCGACGAAGAGCUCGUACGGCGCGGGCUUCGCGGCGGACGGCGGAGGCGUCUUCGUGACCGAGUUCGCGAACGAGGGUAUCUCGAUAUGGUUCUUCAACCGCUCCUCGGUGCCGACCGUGCUGCAGAGCAACGCGUCCACCAUUAACCUCUCCGACCUCGGCACACCCACUGCGAACUACACCUCGCAGACAUGCACGAUCAGCAAGUUCUUCGAGCCGCAAUCGCUCAUCUUCGACAUCACGCUCUGCGGAGACUUCGCGGGGAACCAGCAGAUCUUCGCGGAGACGUGCUCGGGCGUGUGCUACGACGACUUCGUGAUCGGCGCGCCGUCCAACUACGACACCGCGUACUUUGAGGUCAAGUCCGUGCGCGUGUACGGCGUGCCGGGCGAGAACACCGUCGUCAGCGCCGCCCGCCCAGGCGCGCCCGCCCUCGCGGGCACCGCGCUGCUCGCGGCGCUGGGCGUGGCGGUGAGUGUGGCGCUCGCGCUCUAG